UACUACUGGGGUUGGACGCACAUUCUGCCAUACAUUCCUCAUAAACUAGGCUAAAUGUACAACUUUGCUCAUAGAAAUGUCGUGUGAAAACAUUUGUGAAGUGUGACGGAACAAAUCCAGGAGGAAGUGCAUGUUUACUGAGAUUAGUAUUUCGACUUGUGAGUGAAGCGUCGCUGCAUAGACGAUCUGUCAUGGCGGAAUUUGGUGCGGUGUCAUAGCAACGAUCAACGUUUCCUAAUACAACUAAACAGUAGACGACCUAUAACGUUUAACUGUAUAAGGAUGCAUAAUAGUUAAUAAUGACUCCCCAGCUACUUUUACCAGGCGUUAAUUAGCGUCGCAUUCGCAACACAAUCGGUAUCGCAGUAUCAGCUUGUGACAAAGAUGCUCACUGAAAAGCUCAGUCUGACUUGUGACAGACUUCUGUCGCACCGGCAGCUCGCAUGCUGUUACUCUUACUGUAGCAUACCACAGCGCGGCAACGAAGUGCUUAUUUACAGCACGAAGGACGGACAGCAGAAGCCACUCCUGCUCACUGGACACCAUGGUGACAUCAGUGCUAUGACUUUUGGAAAAAGAAGCAGGCCCAUUAUCCUCUGCUCUGCCUCUGCUGAUUACAUCAUUGUCUGGGAUAUUGAAUUGUGCCAGAAGAGAACACAGGAGGGUGAAGCUGCAGCUGGAAUAGUUAUCGGGACUUUGCUGGGGGAAGUUGUUCAUCUUUCAUUCUGUUUCUCUGAUGAGCGAGUGGCUGCAUGCAUUGGAGCAACUGUACGUGUUCUCAGCUCAAAGAGACAAGAAACGAUCUGCACCUUGACAGGUCACGUGGGACCUGUAACAUCAGCAGAGUUCUGUCCCUGGAAUAAUGAUAUUCUCGUCACCACAUCAGAGGACCGCACCUUUAGGGUGUGGGACUUAAAAAUGGAAGCUGUUUUCUUCCAGUCAUUUGUGCUUUCAGCCUUUCCACUGCUCAGUGCGUUCUUCUUGGAAAAGGACAGGCACCUUAUCACCGGUUCAACUGACGGACAGGUGUGGUGUUUUUCUCUCAAUGAUGACCACAAGUGUCACUUAGUGACCAAAAUGGACCUUCAGAAGAUGGAAAAAAGACAUCAAAUGCACCAAGAGAGCCAUGAAGCAGGGUGUGAUGACAAAUUGUCUGCUGAUAAAGUGGAGACUUCAAAACCUGUUCUGAAAAUGGCUUUAUGUAGCCCUCUUUCACAUACUGAUACUGACCAAAAGAAUGACAACAGCUGGUUUUGUAUUGGAAGCUCUGAUGGUCUGUAUGUGGUUGAUCUGGCAACGUCUGAACUCGUAACAGCACUAUAUUUCAAAGAUUACCCUCACCUGAGCAUCACCAUGGCUGGGUCAUGGGCCAUCUCUCCAAGGUGCAAUAACUCUAUGGUGGUGUUAGUGAGCUCUUUGUUUACCCCGUGUGUGGUCAUGUUGGAGGUGCAUUUAUGUGACCUAGGAAGGCUCCUGGCGUGUGGUGUUGGAUUUUCAGUGUUUCCAAGUUCUCCUCCACUGCUCAGUUCUCCCCUGAAUGCUGAGCUAAAGCGGAAGGAACCCAACCAUCCUAAAAAGAAAGGAGGUAUAAAGGAGCAGCCUCUGGUUUUCAACUCAAAAGUGAAGUCAUCCGGAUAUACUAGUGCCCCAAGGAGGAUCAUGUUUUCACCCAAAACAAAUGCUCAAAAGAAUUCUUCCUCUAGAAAAAAGGCCGACACAAAUAUAGGUUCACUCCUUAAAGAUUACCCAGCAGACAGUGCGGCACCAGCUGUUCCAUGUACUGAUGUAAGCCUCAACAAGCAAGUCUCAUGCCUUCAGUAUUCAGGUGAUGGAAAACAAAUCCUGUGUGGUCUUGGAGACAGCACGGUGUUACUGUACAAGUCCUGCCUUACUGGCGCUCCUGCUGUCUAUAUAGGGCAUGACAAGCCAAUAAGCAGUCUGAGCUGGAGCCUUAGCAGACAGUGGUGGCUGAGUGCGUCAGAAGACCUGUCACUAAGAAUCUGGACCCACUGUAGCUCAGAGCCUGCCAUUAUCAUGGGUGACAAAAUGUUCUCCAAACCUAUUAGAGGUGCUCAGUUUUAUUAUCUCGACAAGUUUCUACUUCUGGCAUCUGGGCCCUGUCUGUACCUGUACUUGUAUAACCUGGACAACACACGUGAUGACAUUAAAAGAUAUCAUCAACGGAGUGUCAACAAAUUGGCGGGAUGCUUUACAACAUCACCAGCAACAGACAUCACUGCUUUGUCUGCAAUCAAUGAUUUUUUCUCAUACAUUGUUUUGGUGUGUGGGUCAGAUCGAUCCAUUCAAGUAUUUGACAUGAACAAAGGCAUAGUUGCCUCGGAGCUGCCUGAUGCCCACAGCAGAGCCAUCCACUGCAUCACACAAAACAAGGGAUCAGCAUUUAGCUCACAGGCUCCAGACUCAUACAACCUCUUCCUGACCAGUGCUGUCACUGAUAGUAUGAAGAUUUGGGACCUUCGAACACUUAGGUGUGUACGGCGCUAUGAGAACCAUGUAAAUCGUUGCCAGCCCUGCUCUUCAGCCAUCUCGCCAUGCGGCCGGUUCAUUGCUACAGGCUCUGAGGAUAACUGCGCCUAUGUGUAUGACAUCCGUAGCAGCAGCUACCUCCACAAAUUACCAAAACACUCAGACACUGUUCUUAAUGUGGCUUUCAACCCUGCUACACCACAGCUGCUAACUGGGACCCAGGAUGGGAAGCUCAGACUGUUUAAAUCCAGCAGUGGGUCUUCUUUGUCCCGUGACACCGGUGCUGCUGUGCAUAGCGUCCUCAGCGAGACUGUAUAAUUACAGCUGGCUGCUGCGAAGACCAUGCAGGUUUUAUUAAUGCAGUUCCAACCCGAUGACUGGGAUUUCACUGGGAAAGAAGAAUUUAAAAGUUUUUUUCUUUUUUUGCUCUCAGUUUAAUGAAAAACAGGUACAGUUAUAUAAAAAUGUGCUCUUGUGUGUUCUUCCUCAGUGCUUUAAAUUGUCACUAGAAACAACCAUUUCAGAUAAUUCGUCUUUGUUAAACUUCCCACCUAUGCUUCCAGCACAUUUCUUAUUAAAAGGGAGAGCCGUACUUUGUUUGAACUUGUUUAACCACAUUUUUGUGAUGCAUGAUAUAGUCACUUAAACAUAAUAUAGCCAAAUUUGCCAAAAACAAUUAUUAUUAGCAGUUACAUCUGUUGCACAUUCUGAAUGGUCAAGCAUAAUGAUUAGUUUGUUCAGUAUGUGGAACAGUACAUGUACUUCUAUAUCAUUGGCUGUGACCUCUACUUAGUAGAUCAGCACGUAGAGCUAUGACAUCAACUGGGUGCAACCUCUUUGGCUGCCAGACGCACAGAUGCUCCUACUGUUCAUACUGAUACACCCAUCUCCAUUGUUUGCCCUGUACAUUUACUCCUUUCUACUUCAGCCACAGCAAACUGUCAGGCAUUAUAAUAUAUAGUAGGGGAUAAAAUCUUGUGAAAUUUACAUUUGGCAUGGCUACAUUGCUGUUGUUAAUGUGUAUGCUGAGUAUAAAUAAACUGUUGC